AAAAUAGGUGUGGAAACUGCAGAGCCAGAUCUAAAGAGCUCACAAGUGAAAGUAAAGGGAGCUUUGGAUCCCGCCAAGUUAGUGGAGUACUUGUACAAGAGAACCGGCAAACACGCAGUGAUUGUCAAGCAAGACCCUGAUAAUAAUAAUGCCAAGAAAGACAAAGAUGAAAAAAGCAAAUUAGGAAAUCAAGGAGAUCAGGCCAAAAAUCCCGAUCAGAAAAAAGCGGAAGAAAAUGGUGGUGGCGGUGUCGACAACAAAGACGGCAACAAAAAGGGCGGCGACGCCGCCGCUUCCGAAGAGGCCAACAAGAAAGACAAAGAAUCUGCUGCACCAGAUGAUCAAAACAACAUUAACAAAGAUGUUUUUAAUGUUGUUGGGGAAGAUAACAAAGUUGUUAAUAAUAAUGUUUUGGAGUUGAGGAGGAAUGAGUAUUUUAACAAUUACCCGCCAAUGUACGCCAUGGACUUGUACGCCAACAAUGCCUAUCCUCCCCAGAUCUUCAGUGAUGAGAACCCAAAUGCAUGUUCUGUUAUGUAAUCAAGGAGAAGAGGGGGAAAAAAAAGGAAAAAAAAUGUGUAGGUUUUUUUUAAUUUUCUUGCAUUUUGUUUUGUUUUUUUUUUUUUUUGUUGCUUUUAAAGUUUAUAAGUAUGAUAUCUACAGGUUAAUUAUAAGCUGUAGAAUUUUGAGGCUA